GUGCUGUGAUUCCUUUAUAUAAAGCCUUCUCCACCCUUUCUCUCUCCCUUCAACUCAACCUCCAAGUUAGUGAAGGGACACCUCACCCACCCACCCUCUCUCUCUCUCUCUCUCUCUCUCUCUACCCCGUUCCGUUCUCCACCUUCAUUCAACACCAUUCCUUUUCCAUACUCAAUAUUACCACCACCAUAAUCCUCAUUUCAUUUUCUCUAACUAUUUAUAUCACACACACAUCCCUCACCUCAACAAUUUCUCUUUCUAGAAUCUAACCAUAAGUUACUCCCUUCUUUCAUUAGAAUCCAUAACAUAUCCAUCUGAAUCCAACAAAUUUCCCAUUCUCUUCCACAUAUAGCAAAAAAAUACACAUAACUUUCCAACACCCCUUUUUCCAUAAAUCCAAUUCCCAAACCCAACAUAUAUAUAUUUUUUCAUUUUCCAUCAAACAAAAAAAAAACUAUCUUAUUUCUUGUGUGAAAUUUUCAGAUUUGGCUUUGGAAGUUGGAAUAACAUGGCGUCAUCUAUGAUCUCAAACACAACAAUACCACCAACAACAAGUGACCGAUCACAUAGAAUAAAAAGGAAGAAAAAAGCCCAAUCAAAAGCCCAACAGGCCCAAGAACAACAACAAAGGUUACAAAGCCAUGCUAAAUGGAGAUCACAAGCCCAACAACAAAUCUACUCUUCCAAACUCCACCAGGCUUUAUCAAGAGUCAACCUUUCCGGCGGGCCUCGCCGUGGCAAAGCCGUCCGGGAAGCCGCCGACAGAGUUCUCGCCACUGCUGCCAAAGGAAGAACACGGUGGAGCAGAGCCAUACUCACAAACAGGCUGAGACUCAAAUUCAGGAAACAGAAAAGAAAUCAUAAUCAACAGAAAGCUGUUGGGCCGGCCCGGUCUAAAAAAGCCCGGUUCGGUGUUUUACGUCUUAAAGGUAAAACACUUCCAGCGGUUCAGAGAAAAGUGAAAGUAUUGGGCCGGUUAGUUCCUGGUUGUAGAAAAGAACCGUUACCGGUUAUUCUUGAAGAAGCUAUCGAUUAUAUACCGGCUCUUGAGAUGCAAGUUCGCGCCAUGGCAGCUUUAGCUGAUUUACUAUUCGGCUCUUCAUCUUCUUCCGCCGCCGGCUCUAGUGAUGGUUCCGGUUUGCCGCCGCCGAGUUAAUAAAAUUUACUUUUGGCUUAUAUGCCAGCUGUCUUUUUUUUGUUACUUGAUUUUUGUUAUUAUUAUUUUUAUUUGUCUCGGUUU